AUGGGAGAUGAAAUAGAGCUCUUGCACUGGGGCAUACUAGGCUUUACGGGGAACCUCAAUUAUCACGUGGGCAGAGAAGAUCCAAAUGGCCCUCAUCACGCAUUAGUCGGCGUAGCGUCCUCUCGUUCGAGAGACGUGGCUAAGGAAUUCCUCGAGUCAUUUGACGUUCCCGAAUGCACCUUGACAUUUCACGACUAUUCGGAGCUAGUUCGCAGUGAUCUCAUCGACGUAGUGUUCAUUGCCACACCACAUUCCCAUCAUUUCCAAAAUGCUCUGCUGGCACUCGAAGCAGGAAACCAUGUCGUUUGUCAGAAGAGCCUGACAGUGAACGCUGCACAAGCCAAGAAGCUGUUCGAAACUGCGAAGCGGGAGCAACUAUUCCUCAUGGAGGGAUGGUGGCUGUGGUGGCCACAAGCAAGUAGACAAACAUGUCGACUGCUCAGAGAUGGAGAGAUUGGACAAGUUAAUCGCAUAGUUGCCAACUUCGGCAUCAGAAACAACUAUUGUAUGUUCGGCUCUGCGAGUGAUCGACUAACAUCGAAAGAGCUGGCUGGUGGGGCGCUCUUGGAACUUGGUAGUUUGGCCCUCCACUGGAUACUUCGGGCUCUCCCAGGAGGAGCUUGUCGCCCAACCCAGGUUACGUCUACUAUGAAAAAAUGUCCCGAAUCAGGCGUCGACGAAACCACCACUAUUAAUAUGGGUUUUUCAAUAGGUGGACGUGAAAUACGCACUAAAGCAAUCGCCAGUUUAUCUACCCCAGCCAGCCCCGACGGACAGCUUGCACAUGUGAUCAUCGAAGGCUCUAAUGGCAAGAUCGAGAUCCGUGGAUGGGAAGCGUUACCGACAGAGCUGUAUCUCUUCAAGAAUAGCUAUAGCCUUUCCAAGCCUUAUGAUGUGACAUUCCACGAGGAAGAGCCGUUGUUCGUUCCAGAGGCGGACGAGGUCGCACGAUGUAUCCGUGAAGGUCUCCUGGAGAGUCCUGAGAUGCCUUGGGCGGAGAGCCUACUCGUCAUGGAGAUCAUGGACUUCGUGCGCAAGCAGAAUGACCUGCAAUACCCCCCGGAGAUUGAAGCGUCGGAACCCUCCGUCAUGCUUCCUUCUAGACUAUUGUGA